AUGCCUGAUGAUGGUUUGGCAGAAUCUACCCCUGCCAAGCUGACCAGUCUCACGUUUGAAUUAGAACGACAUUACAAACUAACUGAAAGUUAUUUUACAAGACUUGGUUAUUACAUAACCAGUGGUAAUUUGUUUGGUGGAGAUUUUUUGCUAUACCGCGCCACUCCAGAUACUUGUCACGCUAAGUACCUUGUACUGGUAGAUAAUUCUUAUUGUUGGAGAGACUUAAUAUCAGCUGCAAGAGUUGCAAACCAAAAUAACAAAGAACUGCUACUAGUAUUGCAUCAAUCAUUACUCAAGGAUAGAGAAAAUUUAAUAGUGUAUUCAAUAAAUCGUGCGUUGGACUAG